AUGGCUGAAUUGCUUGUUCCAAAGGUAAUAGAUGUAUUGGGUAAUGUUGUCGUGAAGCAGCUUGGGGAGAAGGUUAACCUGGUGAUGGGGGUUGAAGAAGAGGUGGCAAAUAUCAAAAAAAGCUUGGAAACGAUUCAAGAAGUGCUGCAUGAUGCAGAGAGACGAAGGGUGAAGGAGAGACCUGUCGGAAAGUGGCUAGAAAAGCUUGAAGACAUAACAUAUGAGAUGGAUGAUGUACUGGACGAGUGGAACGUCAAGAUUCUGAAACCAGAAAAUGAGGGAACUUAUCGGAAUGCCAGAAUGCAGCCAACAUUGGGGAACAAGGUUCGUUCCUUUAUCCCAUCCCUUUGUUCUUGUCUCAAACAACUUCCUGUGCGUAGUGAUAUUGCUUCGAAAAUAAAGAAAAUAAAUGAAGAGCUAGAAUUAACUUUCGAAAAAGCAUGCCAGUUCGAAUUUAUUUCAAGUUCGGGGAUUCCUGAUUCUCAAGAUUUUCAGCGAAUUAUGACUACCUCAAUCAUCGACGAAUCAGAGAUCUAUGGUCGAGAAUCUGAUAAGGAUGCUUUACUUGACCAAGUUUUGUCUAAGAGUACUAGUCAAGGAAGAGAUGGGGUUCAAGUUAUCUCUGUAGUAGGGGUCGGGGGUAGCGGAAAGACCACACUUGCCCAGCUGCAUAUCGGAUCCUUUCGACCAAAAAAGGAUCGCAAAAGCCAUCUGUGGAGGCCAAUUGUGUAUUUGUCCGCCUCAACAAUGGGUGCUUAG